AGAUCUCUAAGGAAUGAAAAAAGCUAAAAGUGCAACAGGAGGUCAGUGAGAAUAUAAAUUAGAUGUCGCUGUUGAGGUUAGCUUCUUUUUUCUUCAUGUUGUGAAGUUUCCAGUUCAAAUGGCAAAAUUCGAUAUCUUCCAUGUGCAGUUUCAUCUCCUAAAAUGCAUGCGCUCUGGCUCCACACUUUGCUCUCUAGUCCGGAAACCUGAGGCUUUUUCCUCAUGUUGACUCCCUAAAUGCUCCAGGACUUUCAAUGGCUCAGCUGUGCCCCUGCAGUCUGAGAAUUGCAGCCUCUCAAGUCCCCCGUGUACCCUAGGGCAUGUAGGUUCUUGUUCAACGUUGGAUGGCAGCUGUAGAUUCUGCUACCCACCUGUUUUGGGAGUUGUUUUCAGGCCAUGAUUCAUUCUUGGAGGGGACAAAGCCAUGUGAAUAAGCCUGCUUUUUACAAUUCCCUAAUACAGUUGUAAAUCUCUAAUACCCUAGUGCAACACAGGAGUUGUAGCCUCCUAAACCCUGGUUGCCUGCCAGUAAUGAUUUUGAUACUGCCAUUUCCAUUCAGCCAUUUUGCUUUAGCGUACCCUAAAUUGAACCAUUGAAUGCAAUUUGGGGAGCAUCUUGGUUAUUCCUACAUUGUUCCUAAAAACCCUGGAGUGAGGGACUGAGAGUUCUUUGUGUAUGGGGAGUGCAAAGCUGGUUAGCGGUGAGGAGCCCUGGCACACCUGGGAAUGUGUGAAGCCCAUGCCUGGAAGGGCAGAGGGCCUCCAGGAUGGGACUGGGGCAUCUACAGAGCUUGGAGAGGAGGGAAGAACUGCGAUUAGUCUCUGACUGCGCACACCACGCCCGACUCAGAACCCGCAUACCCCCAGAUUCCAGAUUUGUUUUGAUUCAACCUUCCUGCUGGGACCUGGGAUACCAACCUGGGAUAGCCUUGAUCCUUCUCAGACUUACUCCUUAGCUGGUGCCCCUGACGCCCCUGUACACUCCACCAUGUCAUCCCCCCCUGCACACAAAGGACCUGCAUUCCCUGCCCACCUUUGCGUGGUUCUCAACACCCACUCUCGUUCCACACCCAGCUCAGAACCCCUGAGGCCUCCAGGUUCCGGAUUUGUUUUGAUUCAACCUUAUUGCUGGGACACCAACCUGGGACAGCCUUGAUCUUUCCCAGACUUGCUCUUGAGCUGGUGCAGCUGACACUCCUGCACACCCUAUCCUGCCAUCCCCCCUAAAAGACGGAGGAGAGAAAGGAGCCCCAUUUCUUCCCCAUCUUUCUCUGAUUCUCAAUACCCAUGCACUUUCAGCUAUGAGCUCCCAAUCCCAACAGCCUCCCCCACCAUCCCCAAUCCUGCUUCCUGCCUUCCCUGGCACUGCUCUGCUCCUGACCUCACCAGAUGCUCCCAAUGGCAAAUUGAUUGUCAAAUUGAAGGAGGAGGGGACCCAGGAGGCCCCCUGUGGGCAGACUAUCAUCCUUACAGCGGCUCCUGCAGAUUGGGUCCCCCCACGGCAGGAUGGGACCCCUAUUCGACUUCAAUUUGGAGCUGGGAUCAGGACCAUUCUGCUGACAAAAGCUGGGGAGGAGCCCAGAGUGAGGAAAACGGGGGAGUCGGAAGGUGCCCCAACGCAGCCACUUCCUCCCAGUGACUCCUCCUCAGCCUGCACUUCCAAAGGGGUCUAUGAGAACUUUCGGCGCUGGCAGCACUACAAAGCCUUGGCAAGGCAACAUUUCCCAAACACACCCGAUGCAGAAGCACUGGCCUGUUUCUUCAUCCCCGUCCUGCGCUCCCUGACUCGCCUGCGCCCUGACAUGACUCUGGAGGAGGGCGUGCCACGUGCUGUGCAAGAGUGGGAGCACAGCAGCAACUUUGAGCGCAUGAUCUUCUAUGAGAUGGCUGAGAAGUUUAUGGAGUUUGAGGCAGAAGAGGAGCUACAGAUCCAAAAGAUGAAGCUCCUGAGUAACUCCCAGUUCCAGGCCCCCCCUGCUGAGCCCAUCAUGCCCCUUGCAGUCCCUGCCUCUGGUACCAACCAACAAGUCUAUAUCCCCAAGAAGGCAAUGUCCAAAGGUAGCCAACCCCGGCGUCGGCAGCGUCACCCGCCCAGCACCCCAGCCCUGGGUGUGCCACGGGAGAUUCCAGCUGAAGCUGUGAAGCAGUAUGAUGACAUCAUGGAGGGACUACACACCAGCUGGGAAGAAAAGGAGGAGGGAAAUUCUGGGAGUGAUGGGGACCCUCAGAGCCAGGGCCAAGGGGAACUACCUGAUCCUGCACUGCUGCAGUACAUUGAGCAGUUGUGUGAUGAUGAGAGCUUUGUCUGCAAGGUGGAAGCUGUGAUCCAUCCCCAGUUCCUGGCUGAUCUGCUUUCUUUGGAGAAGCAAUGUGACCCUUUGGAUCUUGCAGCCCAACUGGAGCAAGAAUCAGGGCUCACACCAAGCCAGUUGGUCGAGAAACGUCUUCUAGCCCUCUUAGAGGAAGAGCUGAACCCCCUUGGGUGUCCUGCCUCCCAGUAUGAUUUUACCCCCUCUCAGUCUGAGGAGGAGGAUGAAGACAGCAGUCAUAAGGCACCAGCCACUGGUGACCAGGCUGGUACCAGCACCUCACCUCCUGGGAAAAGAGGAAACAGGAGUGGGGUUCAGGGAAAACAGCAACCAGAGGCACUCACCCCAGCACCCAUGUUGAUAUCCCAUCAGGGAUACAGUUCACCAGAGGGCACUGUAAUGCCAAGAGGUACAUCCUCUCAUGAAUGUGGUGGCCAAGGGAAAUUAUUAAAAUCUUUGAGGAACAGAGUUGAAAAGGCAACGCUGAAGCGUCUGGGGCAGGUCCAAACUGGAGGUCAACUGUUAAGAUCAGGAAUCACUCUGAGUGCAAUACAGUGUGGUAGUCAGGCCAGAGACUUAAGUUCAUGGGGGAAAAACUUGGUAGGACAAGAACAUCUAAAGUCAAUUUCCAUGCAGUGUGGAAAAGAAGGAAGCCCAGAAGAGAAAGUUAAAGAUCAAAUGCAGGCCCAAACAGCAACAAAGGAUGAUGGUAAAGUUGGAAGCAUGUUAGAGCCAAAAGCUGUAGGGUCAGUUCUUCCUGGAGGUGGAAAAGAAGACUGCAGCCAAGAAGAGAAGGUCAAAGGUCAAACAGAAACCUACACUGUUUGGGAAGGACUAAGAGACGUGCCAGUGACGACAGAGUGCAAUAGCCAAGUCUCACAAGUGACAUCACAAAGGAACAGCCUAGUGGAAAAAGCAGCUCCAGAGUCAACACUUUCUGAAUGUGGAAUACAUAAUGGCUGUCAAGAAGAAAAGGUCAAAGAUCAAACCCAGGCCAAGGCUGGCUGGGACAAACUGAGUGACAUUCAAAGUGUUACAGAUCAGGUCAAGACAAUGAGAUCAUGUAGGAACCCCCUUACUGGACAAGCAGGGCUACAAUCAUUUCCUACUGGAUGUCCAAAACAAGUUGGCAACCAGGAAGGGAAGGCUGGAGAUCAAAGACAGACACAGGAUAGUUGGGGUAAAGCCAUUGCAAAAGAAAGUGACAUCCCCUCAAGGAGCAUAAAGUCAAGGGAGAAGAACUUGGGAAAAAAGGGUACUGAGAAAUCAAUUCCCAUUGGACUUAGAAAACCAGAUGACUGCCAAACACUUCAGCUAACUAGAUUGGAAACUAAACUGAACACAACACAUCCUUUGGCAUUACCAGUUGGCAAGAAUGGUGAACAGUCAUCAAGUCUCUCUCUUCAUCCUCUGAGGGUAACAAGCGCUAAUGGACAAGAGGAGGAUGAAUUCCAAACAGCAGCCAAGGUUUAUGAGCAAUGUAUGGACCCAGAUCAUACCACAGGAAUGCCUUUCAUUGGCCUGAAUGGCCAGGAGGAGCCUGUUCAAGCAAUUUCAGAGACCUUCAAGCCUGGUUGUCAAACAGAGCCAAAACAGAAAUUCACACUGGAGACAGAGUCAAAUCAGGCUCAUCUCCAAGAUGACAACAGCCAUGAAAACAGUAGUAUCAGUACCACGGCUAAUCAGGGAUCUGGUUCAGGAAAUUCAGGACAGUGCAGUUCAAGUUUCUACAGGGCCUGUGGUGCAAGGAUGAGUUCAAGUAAUGAUGGGAAGGAAGCAGAAGAGGCCAGUUUAGCCACAAGUAAUAGUUCUUCCAAGAUAACCUCCAAUGCCAACCCAGAAACUUCAACAGGAAGCAUAAAGAAUGCUGGGAAAUGUGGUCAAGAGGAAGAUGAUGAUGAAGAACUAUCUAAUUUCUCCUCGCUAUUGGCAUACAAACUCCACCUUUCCAGUCCUAAGGGCGCUAUUGCCAUAAUUCCAGUGCCGAAGGGACAAGCACAGCCUCAUGGCAAAGUUCCUUUCCCUUCGGGGGAGACAGAAAGGCAAGGUAACAAGAGGAGGCGCUCUAUGCGACUCUGCCCAGAUGGAGCACAAGAUGGAUCCCUUCCUCCAGACCCUGGCAUCCAGCACAGCCACAAGAGAAGGAAAAACAACACAAUUGCCCGGAGGAGCAAACGUCUACACAGCCAAUGAGAACCUGGUCAUGAUGAUGGUUGACAGAGAUUAACUGAAAGCAUCCAUCCAAAAAAUUCCUUAAAUUCCUUCUGCAGUCAAUCACUGGCUCUGCAUUUUUUCCUAAGACCUCUCCUUUAAAUCGUAAGGAUGAAAGAGAGAUUUUCUCAACCCUCAAAGCCCCAGUUCUUGCAAUAUACAAGGUGAUAUAUGAACCCUGAUUGGGGGAUAACCUCUUAGCCAUGAAUUACACUGAAAUGGGAAGUACCAUCAGAAAAUAUAUACCAGAACAAAAGCAAAUUUGUCAUUUACUGAGCAAAUUAAAGGGAUAUAGAUACAAUCUGGCCCCAGUGUUGACUUAAUGGAUCCCUCUCCAUCUUGGCCAGAGCUAAGUGCAUGGCCUAGGGUAUGUUUUCCUAGGAUUGUGAUGCUAUUCUUUUGACCCCUUGAAGCCAGGCAGUAACCCAGCCCUUGAGUCAGAUUAGAACUGUAUUAGAUCUGAAAACAUCCCAUAUCAUCUUGGUAUUUAUUCUUGAAACUGCCAUUUAAGUUUAAAAACAGCUCUAGAGGGUCUGCCUUGAUACUUAUGCUUUAAU